AUGGGAGACGCAAUACCCCGAUAUCUUGCCAAUUACUAUCUCGGCGAGAAUUUGGGCUCGGGUUACUCAGGAUCUAUAUACCGAGCCACACACAUCCACUCGGGUGAUAUUGUUGCCCUGAAGGUGCAGCAUGUCAAUCACGAAUGCCCCACCAACCGAUAUGAGCGAAGUUUUUAUCCAUCACUGCAAGGCGGCGUCGGAAUGCCCACGCUCUGGGCUUGCGGGGUAGAGGGGCAGUGGGACUAUCUGGCGAUUGACCUCCUGGGACCAUCGCUGGACUCGCUUUAUCGGAAAAGUGGCCAGGAGACGAUGGAACUGAGUUCUGUCUGCUCUCUCGCGAUGCAACUCAUUUCGCGGCUAGAGUUUAUGCACAGUAGAGGCAUUCUACACAGAGACAUCCAACUCGGGAAUUGUGUAAUCGGUCUACCGCCAAACGACCACAUUAUCUAUAUGAUUGACUUUGGCUUUAGCAAACGUUAUAUCGACCCAUACACGAAUCGCCAUAUUUCGGAUUCAAGGGCUAAACGGCGAGUAGCAGUCUUAUUUACGUAUCCAGCGUGGUCAUUACCUCUGCAUUCAGAGCUUUCUGACCUCGAAGAUAGUUCUGUUGGUGUGCAUUGUCGUGGAAGAGUUCCUACACGCCGCGACGACUUGGAGGCAGCAGCCCUUAUGCUCAUUCACCUACUCAUUCCCCGAGGAUUGCCAUGGACAAGAAACGGAGUGCCCAAGACCGACGAAGCACACGACCGUUUGAAGAAGGAGAAGAAAGCCGCUCGACCUGAAGACCUCUGCCGGGGACUACCACCAGAAUUCGAAGACUUUUUACGCUAUUCCCGAGGCCUGCAAUUCUCCGAAUGCCCAGACUACGAAAGGUGGCGAGAGGUGUUCAAGGAUCUAGCGGUUGACUCUGGUUUCCCUGAGGAGGAUGAUUUUGUCUGGCCACCAGUGGAGAAUAAAAUUCAUCCAAGAGCUGGCCCGCGUCGUAGCCAGGCUCCACCGCCAGACGAAAUGGCACGGAUCCUCAAUGAUUUGACAAAUCUUGAUCUGGGCGAAGUCAGAAUAGGUGAUCGUGCAAUAGUCGAUGAAGCUGUCCGAAGAGCGAAAGCAGCAGCCCGAGAUGAUUCGACAAAGAGCCUGGAAGUCAUUGACAUCAGUAGCGACUCAGAAGAGGGCGACAACACGAUUCCACCUCCACAUUUGACACCGAAAGCGCACAAACUCAUGAAACUGGUCAAACGCGCAGAGGAUGCCACUGAUAAUUCAACACUGGCACAAUGCGUGUUAGAGUUUGUGGGUAUUCUCAAGUCCAACUCUUCAAGGACUCUAACGAAGGAGGGCUUUGCGUUCAUUGACACACUUUGUAAACAGCUGUCCGACCCAUCAGUUUUCAUGCUCCCACUACGAACGUCGAAACAACGGUCGUCCGAUAAAAGCAUACAGCAAGACAAGGAGCCAGCCCAUGUGAAGCUAGGUGUUGUGGCGAGUCUGCGACGCGAAGUGCAAACUGCUCGUAGCAACAAAGAACUGGCGCAGAUGGCGGAGAGGUUUGGACAAGUGACAAACAAAAGCAACGGUCGAACUGUGACCAAGGAUGGAUUCGCCUUUUUUGAGGGCAUGGCCGAAAGGCUCAAAGUAUUGCAUUAA